GCUGUUGGCCACGUCUGUGGUUCGCGAGCUGCUGUUGCAGAGUUGCAGUGUCGUUGGUGAAGCUGAAGCUGCGUGGUGGUGUUCUUGUUCUUCUUUAAUUUCACGAAAAUGAGUAGAGAAGCUAGUGUUGGUGGGUCUGGUGAAGCAAGCUCCAAUAGUGGUGCAGCCACUCCAAGCGUAGCUUCCACAACUAGUGGAACUUCAGAUUCCAAAAGAUUGGCAGUGAAUGCUCCUGGAAAUAGAUCUGAUCCAGGUUGGAAACAUGGAAUUGCAGUUGAUGAAAAUCCAAAGAAAGUGCAAUGCAAAUACUGUCAAAAGGUGAUAAAUGGAGGGAUUUAUAGACUCAAGCAUCAUUUGGCAGGAACACAAAAGGAUGUUGGAGCAUGCAAGGCUGUUAGUGAUGAUGUAAGGAAGGAAAUGUGAAAAAUUGUAUCCUCAUUGCAAGAAAAUUUAAUAAAGAGGGCAAAGGAGAUUGAAGGAAGAUCAAGUGAUUCAAGUCCUCUUGGCCAAUAUGAAGAUGAGGAGGUGGAGGGUGCAAAAAGACAAAGGC